AUGUUGGGCAUACAAGUGUUGUCCCUUCGUAGUAAGCCUGAACAAGACUUGAAGAGAUCACUGAAACUCUAUUAUCAUCAGAAUCUUGGAAGUAACCAAUUUUUUCCUCUUAAACUAAAGAGAAUUAAGUCAGACAUCAUUUCCAGUCGUGAAACAAGGAUGGACGUCAGGCGAUUUCUCUGUCUUGUUCUUUCAUUUCUUUUUGCUGAGCCCAUGACCCCAGAAGGCAGAAGCCUCAGCUUUGGCCAAUGUGAAGUGAAUGGGGUAUCUUUCCGGGAACUAAGAGAGCACUUCGGUGCAAUCAAAGAAGAUGUUCAAACCCAAGAUAAAAGAACAGAUAUGAAAUUGCUGAAGGAAAGUAUCCUACUGAAUGUCUCGACUUCAGAGAGUUGUUGUUUACUCCGCCAUCUGCUGAGGUUUUAUGUUGAAAACAUCUUCAAGAACUACAAUGCAACAAGUAACACACUUAGAAGGAAAAGCAGCAUUUUAGCAAAUGCUUUCCUCAGCAUUAAGAUAAAUCUGAAACAAUGUCAUGAUCAAAACAGAUGUUCCUGUGGGGAAGAAUCACAUAAGAGAUACAAGUUAUUACUCGACGAAUAUAGCAAGCUUGAUAUGAAUGCAGCAACAACCAAAGCUUUGGGAGAGAUGGACCUUCUCUUUGCCUGGAUGGAACGCUUCUAA